GUCUACGACAGGCGACGGUCGACCGUCUCUCACCGGCUGGGUCUACACAGGGGAGACUAGCGGGGACGUUCACGGUCAAGCUGAUCGAUGUGACCGUAUCAUCGAUUACAUGCACACACGGACAGGGUGGACUAAUGGAGUGACCGGAUGUUGACCAGGUAACACACAGACAGAAUGCCAGGCAGGAUAGCCAGUAGUGGACAUGCUAGUCCUGGACCACAGGUCCUAGCUCAACAAGAUCGCCCAGUGCCUGCCGUACGCCGGAGCACCCAACAGUUUCACAGGAGCGACGCCAGCCAGCCGCCACCAGGCCUCACCGAUAGAGUGGACGUCUACAGGGACACGGGCAGCUUACGAUACUCGUCCACAGUACCAAACAACAAUGGCUUCAAGCACCAACACUCAACUGACGACAAGCAUAAUGGUGACGUAAGCACCCUGACGUCAUACCGCCCCCCAGCGCAGCCGCAGAAACCAGUCUCAACAGUGCGACCCCAGAGCGCCAUGGCGAUGACGUCACCGAGUCACAACAAACAUGGCUACACAGAUCGACCACCAUCGUCGAUGGGGGUCACGUGGACACCGCCCAAUCAACGAGCUGAGGGUGGCGCCAGGAGGGUCUCAGUGAGUGUCCUGAGUCGUCUUUGA